AAGGAUUUUGUGGUCGGUUUGAAGGACAUCCGAACGACCUAUAAUUUCGGUUGUCGGUUUGUCAUGCUCUCACGCUUAUAUUAUUUCUUAUUUUUAUUGGUUCGUUGUAUCUCCAAGUGUGUCAGCGCUACAAGUUGUGAUGGAGGUAGGAUUUCAAACUGCUCUCUUUCGGACUGGUGCUUCAAACCAGCACUUUAGACCGCUUCGCCACUCCACCCUACGCGUUUCACAUCUGUGUAACAUAGGUAAACAAUGUCCACCGAGAUAUAGGAGAGAUCUAAAACGCAACGACACAGACAAUUGUCAGUGAGUACCAAAUAAGAGAGAAUAUGGUGUACAAGCACAGAUGAAAUUACGCAGUUACCGUGCAAAAGGAAGGUUAUGUACAAAGUAGUCCCGUACAUCAUUCCAAAAGCUCAAUGACAACUGAAAAAUUGAUUCGCGUCUCAUUCUCCGACAUGCCAGUACUUCUCAAACGUAAAAAAGUAUCAGAGUAACUGUUAAUUUCAACCAUUUAAUGAAAGCUCUGUGAUUACAAAUAUACAUGUGGAAAACGUCGGGCGACAAAAGGUCAAAAAAGUCGGAUUAUGCAACACCUAUCAAAGCUCCACGCAAAUACGAAAAGAGUCAUGUUAAAAAACCUCAUUUAGCAGGGAACCAGUGUAGUGUUACUUCACUUCAGACACCAUCGUCGUCUCACUCCUUUCCUGAUAUAGAUGAUGUCUCACUUACAAUACAAUCUUGUAAUAAAAAACACUUGAAACAGAUUGAUAGGACAAUGGUCAGUAAUACCGUUCCCGAAACAUUGAAAGACAAUAACAAAUCAACACAAGUCAUCCGUGCAAAGACCCCGACUAGGGAAUUAUCUCACAUUAGCAUUACAAAUAAAUGCAUCACUUCCGGAAAUGCUGGCAAUAGGAAGUCAAAGAAAGUCUCUAAUUGUAGUUUUGAAAUCUCGAGGUCCUCCUCAAACAGUAUCAAGUUCAACUCCCCAUUUGUAAGAGGAUUGGAAGAAUUUAUAAUUACGGAUGAUGAGUCGGAAGUGACAACCCCGUUACAACGUCAGAAAGCUCUUUCCGAAAAGCAUAUUGAAAGGAUAGGUAAACCACAUGAAGUGAUUAGAACUAAGCGGUGUACUCCUCUUAAACGCUCUAUUUUGAAUGAGCGCGCUAUCCGCAAGACCCAGCGAAGUCACUCACUUCCAGCCCCUGUAGGAAUUAAUUUUGAUUCCUCUGAAUUUCCUAGUGUGACAAAAAUCACAGAGUUUCAUACUUCCGAUAACUUGAAUAAUUCACUAAAAGAACCCACUUCAUCAGAAAUCGAAAAGGACCUUGUGAGUGAGUUGAUUUCACGAUUGGUUACAUUCCAAGACAGAGCAUAUGUAACCCACGCUAAUAACCCCUUUCAUCUCAAGAGAACAAAGCGUCUUGUUUGUGGUUUUCAUGAAGUAGUCAAACACUUAAAGUUAAAACACAUGCGAAUUGUCUUUGUGGCUCGCGAUCUUGAAGCAAAUGCUACCAACUAUUUAUGGCAACAUAAAAUUAGAUAUGAUGAAAAGGAAGCUGAAACUAAGAUAGUUCUUAGUGCAUUGGAAAAAGUACUCUGUCAGAUUUGGGAACUUGCAAAAGAAUGUGACCCGCCAGUACCAAUAAUCAUUACCCAUACAAGAAAAAAAUUAGCACGUUUAUGUCAUAAACCAAGGCUUGUAUCCGUUGUAGGAAUUAUAAACGCCGAUGGAGCAUAUGAAGUUGAAAAAAAGCUGUUAGACAUGGAAUCUGGAGUUAAUUUAAGAUGUACAGCAAGUUUGGGGGCUGCUCAAAUAAACACAGUGAAUGAGCUCACUGCAGGAGACUCAAAAGUUGCAACUAUCGAAAAGUUGCGGUGUUCCAUUGAAUCUAUCAACAUUAAGUGA